CCUUGUAAUGAUUAUCUUCUGUCACUGCCCAGAUGUCCAAGUUCUUUGACCUGUGCUCUGACAGCCUGUGGGGCAUCCGGAAGGCGUGCGCCGACUGCUUCAUGAUCGUCUCCAACUCCACCUCCCCUGAGGUGCAACGCACUAAACUGUCUCCCCUUUUCAGUAGCCUCAUCAGUGACCAGUCUCGCUGGGUGCGCCAGGCUGCCUUCCAGUCUUUGGGACGCUUCAUCUCCACCUUUGCCAACCCCUCCAGCACGGGCCUCUACUUCAAAGAGGACGGCACGCUGCUGGAGGUCCCCACGUGUCCCUCUGACAGGUUAGGACACAAACACAAACCAACAGCAAAACACACACAUUGUCACCGCACCACUCUGGGAGUGGAGCAGGCCCAACUGUUGGGAGGAGCGGAGCAGGCCCAACUGUUGGGAGGAGCGGAGCAGGCCCAACUGUUGGGAGGAGCGGAGCAGGCCCAACUGUUGGGAGGAGCGGAGCAGGCCCAACUGUUGGGAGGAGCGGAACAGGCCCAACUGUUGGGAGGAGCGGAGCAGGCCCAACUGUUGGGAGGAGCGGAGCAGGCCCAACUGUUGGGAGGAGCGGAGCAGGCCCAACUGUUGGGAGGAGCGGAGCAGGCCCAUGUGUGUGUGUGUGUGUGUGUGUCUUUCUGCAUGUGUCUCCCAGCCCAAGUACAGGUGCUCUCAGCCGCCCUAAAGGCUGCCCAGCUGGAGAGCCAGUCUGAGGAGGAGGGCGAGUCAGAGAGCCAGACACCAGAGGAUAGAGAACCAGAUGAGGAGUCCUCCCAGCACAGAGUGACCACAGAGGAGACACAGACACCUGAGCCACCAACCCAGCAGGCCAAGGACCCAGCACCCACAGAGGAACAGAAAGAGGCAGAAGCUGAGACUGAGAAGGAGCCAGAGCCUUAUGAGUCACCCCCCAACUCGCCUGUCCUAGUACGGGAGGACUCGGACCACAGCAGCGUGGAGCCGGAGCUGAUGGAGAGCCUGGAGGGGAAAGAGGACUCUGCUUUCAACCAGGUGUGUGAGGAGAAGUCCAAGGUCCAGAAUGUGAUUCCCCAGCAGCUGCUGGACCAGUAUCUUUCCAUGACGGACCCGGCGCAGGCCCAGACCGUGGAUACUGAGAUCGCCAAGCACUGUGCGUUCAGCCUACCUGGCGUGGCCCUCACCCUGGGCCGGCAGAACUGGCACUGCCUAAAGGACACGUACGAGACCCUCGCCACCGACGUACAGUGGAAAGUGCGCCGGACGCUGGCCUUCUCCAUCCACGAUCUGGCCCUGAUCCUGGGGGACCAGCUGACGGCGGCCGACCUGGUGCCCAUCUUCAACGGCUUCCUUAAGGACCUGGACGAGGUGCGCAUCGGGGUGCUCAAACACCUCUAUGACUUCCUCAAGCUGCUCCAUGCAGAGAACAGGAGAGAGUACCUGUACCAGCUUCAGGAGUUCAUGGUGACGGACAACAGCCGCAACUGGAGGUUCAGAUACCAGCUGGCCGAGCAGCUGAUCUUGAUCAUGGAGUUGUACAGCCACGAUGAUGUGUAUAACUACCUCAGACAAAUAGCACUAACCCUCUGCUCAGACAAAGUGUCAGAGGUCCGGUGGAUCUCUUACCAGCUGGUGGUGGAGAUCUUACAGAAGAUGUAUGCGUGUGGAGCCCACGAGCUGGGCCUGAACUUCAGCAACGAGCUCAUCGUCCGCUUCUGCCACUGUCCAAAAUGGGUGGGCCGCCAGGCCUUUGCCUUCAUCUGUCAGGCCAUCGUGGAGGAGGACUGUAUGCCCAUGGACCAGUUUGCCCAGCACCUCCUCCCCAGUCUCCUCAGCCUGUCGUUGGACCCCGUGGCCAACGUCCGCGUGCUGGUGGCCAAAGCACUGCGGCAGAGUGUCAUGGAGAAAGCGUACUUCAAAGAGCCGGGCAGUGCCUACUUAGAAGAGCUGGAGGAGACGGUGAUGACCCUGCAGGCGGACAAGGACAGAGACGUACGCUUCUUUGCCAGCCUGGACCCCGACAUGGUGCUUAUGGACACUUCUGCUUUAAUCUAGAACCUUCCAGCCUGCUCCAACACACAGCCAAUAACUAUCACCAGCAUCAGACCUGACCAGAACACUCGCCUGCAGGAAAUAAAGGCACUGAUACAUAAACAUACAUAGAAUCAGUCAUGUGCUCUCUCUCUGUCUCUCUCACACACACACACACACACACACACACACACACACACACACACACACACACACACACACACACACACACGAUCUGAAAACCGCACCUCGCUAAGCUAAAACAGCCACCGCAAAAUGGCAUCGGAUUCCAGGUGGAAAACAACCCACCAUACGGCUCGGCUAGCGUCCCGUCGUCGAGUCACCUCAACCCAUCUGUAUCCAGCUGGUUCUCUCAGGUCCUCUGGUUUCAUCACGGUUUCUCUCUCUCUUUUCAUCUUGUCUUCAAUGACCUCCGUAACCACUACUGCUUAGGAGAAGGAACAACCGCACCACUUGGCACUAAACAAAAUAUGUUAAUGAACUCGUGGCAUCUUCCCUCUGUGUGUUUACUAUGUCAAUAAUGUGAUCCAAGUCUCCCAGAGACCAAUGAAAUACCUCUGAUUGGACAUAACUCAGGCCAGUUUCGCCAUAGGGGCGUUUAGCUUAUAGAAUGAGGUACAGCGCUUUAGAACGCAGAUAGAAAUGGAAUGUAUAGAUAGACUCACUAGAAUUGUGAUUCUUCUAUAUACAAUGCAUCUGUACAUUCUAUAACGUUGCUCUCCCCUGAAUAAACCUCGGGUGUCAGCGGGACCUCGGGUGUCAGCGGGACCUCUGGUGUCAGCGGGACCUCAGGUGACAGUCAAUUUUGCAUCCCAAAUGGCACCCUAUUCCCU